CGAGCCUCGAGAAAUGAAGAAGCCAGAGAAGAAGCACGAGACCACCGAACCUGCCUGGCGUUUUGUCGUUCUCCUGCGUCAAGCGGCAAGUCCACGCCAUGCGAGUCUGGUCCUUCAUGAUGGGUGUUGCGGGAUUUGCCGUCGGCGCCUUCUUCCUGUUGCUCUUGGAGCUGUUUGGCUUCUACAAGGUGGUGAAGCUUCCACUUAGGCCACGCACCAAGCCUUUUGCCAAGUUCCUUCCGAUUCACUUGCCCCAGAAGCUGCUGAGGCUGGUGCAACCCGGAAACUGGAGCAAGCAGCGAGGCUUCCUCAUCGUCGCCAACCUCUUGGCGCAGUUCUUGUUCCGGGAGUGGAAGGACAGCAUCUUCUUGCGCAGGUUGCUCCUGAGCGCCAUCAGCAAAGGUCUCCAGGACGCACAACGGGGUGCGACCGGAAGGAUAUUCGAGAGAAUCCAACUACGCGAGUUUGACCUCAACACUGAUUUCAUUACGUUCACGAAGAUAUCCGUCGACGACGUUAUUCUCCACGACACUUGGAAAACGCUCGAGGAAGUGGACAUCUUCAUCAGCCUGGACUACGCCGGCGGCGUGACUCUCGCCGUGGACGCCGAGCUCAUCAUCGGCGGCGUGGCUUCGCUGGCGGUCAAGGUGAACCACUUCUCGGCCAAGAGCCGCCUGCAGUUCUCCAGGAAGCCCUACACGCACUGGUCGUUCGCCUUUUACGAGGAACCAAAGAUCGUGAUCUCUGUGGAAUCCUCGCUCCAGGGCCAGAGCUUCCCACAAAUCGCUAACAUCAUCACCUCAACGAUCAAACGAACGCUGCGCAACAAGCACACGAUCCCCAGCUACAAGAUACGCAUCAAGCCGUUCAUCUUGCUGCCGGAGUUGCGUAUCGCGCCGCCGCUCCAGGAAAAGAUCAGUCACAGCGGCAAGCUCGAGGUCACCGUGGUCGAGUGCUCGAGGCUCGUACUCUGCGAGGGAUCCUUCCAGCUGUACUGCAUGGUCUCCAUUGAGGACUCGCAAUGGAUCAACGUGGACAACAUUGUCGGCACGUCUUGGAUACCCAUCGACCUCGAGAUAAACAAGGAAAGAGGACACGCCACUGGAGUCGAACUUAAGGAGAAAUUAAUAGAAGGAAGGUUUCGGGAAUGUGUCGUCGUGGACACCAUAGCGCCGAACUCUCCCUUUGCAGCUGGUGGACUUGUCGAGGGAGACCUCGUGGUGUCGAUCAAAGGCACGGAUGUGACCGACAUUAAGCAAGCCUACAAACUCUUGGCCAAACACGGUGAUAAAGUCACGAUGAAAGUGGAAAGAAAGUCGGAAUUCAAAUGGCACAAGCAACUGGAACAGCAGCCCCAAGCUCAGAAGACUGCCGAUCAAACAGGGCCAGCCCCGAAGGCAUCCACGAUACAGGAAACCAAAACCAAGAGUGCCAUCGUCGCCACGAAGACAACGCUGGCUAGUCUGCUCGGUGGCCAAAAGCCGAAGAAAAUUGGCGACAGUGAGGACAUUCAGACGCGAGCGAAAUCUAGGAACCAGCCCAUCGAGCGCACUCAGUUUGUUCUGUCGACAAGGGACCCUGUUUUCCUGGAAAAAUUCACGAUGGAAAUAAAGAACAACUUGAAGUUCAUCAAUGUCGGCAUAUUCAGCAAAGGCCAGAUCAUCAGCCUGCAUGGUAUGAAGAAGAGACCCUCUGACACCAUGUUGGCUUAUAACAGUAUUCCGCUCACGUAUGUCCUGGACGAAUGUCAGAAGACCACGCAGGGAUUCUUCGGUCCGGUGAUCAAGCUGCUCUGCCCCGAAUUCCAACAACUACCGAAGGACCUUAUCAAGUACUCCACGCUCAACGGAUUUGACCCGCGGCUGUGCUACGGCGACAUUACUCUUCACUUCGUCUUCAAAGGAGAGUACAAAUUCAAGGGCGGUCCCCAGCAGGACGUGGAGGAAGAGCACGACCUGAUGGGACUCGAAUCCAGCUGGUCGUCCACCACCAUGAAGACUCAAGCCUCGAAAAACUUGGCCCAUGUGUUCGAGGACGUCGCACUCAAGAAGAUCGUCGUCUGCAAGUACUGUGACAACCGGAUCUGGCUGGGUUACGGAUGCCGCUGCAAGGAAUGCAACAUGAUCGUGCACAACAAGUGCCUCCCACUGGCGCAGCAGAAAACGUUAUGCAAGCAAAAGAUUUGGCCGGACGAGGACGCCGUUGAUAACGAGAAAGAUGAAAAGGAGCUGGCCCGAAGAGGCGGCAAACCUGAAAAUACCGUGAGCCCGAAGAGAAAGGCGUCCAUGGCGUCAAGACUUUUUCAUGUGGCAGCGACUGAGACGAAGGCGCCGCCCGCGCCUCUCGUCGAGACGGACCGCGAGUUCUUCCGGAAGAUGGAGAUGUCGGACACGACGCACGGCCUCAACGGCGCGCUCAACUACCUCAGCAGCAAGCAGUACGGGCUGCGCAUGUACGCCGUUGCUGUCGAGGAGUCGAAGCACAUACACCGGGACCUGCCGCCCGAGGAGCGCAUCGAGCGAGUGCGCAAGGUGUACCAACGCCUGAAAGCCGUGUACGAGCGGGAAAAAGUGGAGCGCGAGAGGCUGCAGGCCCGGACCAAGACGCACCACGAUGGCGCGACUGCGAAGGCGCUGGCCGCCGCCGAAGAACGGGUCAAGAACCUCAACCUGCUGCUGCUUUACUACGCUUCCGGCCUGAAGUGCCUCUACGAGAACCAAGAAUCGAAGAAGCCGUGAUCACUCUCCCUUGACGUAGGCCUUCGGGCUUGCACGUCGCAGUGGUGCAUUCGUUUUUGGAGAUGUGAACGCACUUUCGAGAUGAACGUGGUCUGACGAAAUAAAACAGUAAUUCAAUG